AUGUUCAAUACAAAUUGGCCCUUAAAUCAUAAUACAUCAACAGCAAAUGUUGAUUGGAGUGCUCUGGCGGAUACUUGGAUGCAACAAAGAGAACAACAAGUACAUUGGCAACAAGCACCGCUACCACUACCGCCUCCACCUCCACAGUUUCUACUUGGAGCUCCACCUAUUCCACCGCCUGGUCCACCUCCAAUUGGAAUGACAUUUCCACCCUUACCACCAACACAACUUGGUAUGGCUCCACACCAUCACCAGCUACAGGUUGGUUCAAAUACCACUCAGGAAAGUUUAACGAUGACAAAUAUUGAAAAUGUACAGUGGAGACCACCACCGCCGCCACCACCACCUCCUCCAUUUGUAAUGUCAGGUGGACCUCAGUGGAGACCUAAUACAAAUAAUAAUCAACCAUUAUUUCCUAUUCAACCAGACAUAGCUCCGUCUUUUGGAGGUCGUAAUUUUUGGCCACCGGGCAGUGUCGGUCAACAAGUAGCACCACCUCCUGUGCCUCCACCAGUUCCACCACCACCACCUCCAUUGCCACCAAUAUCAUCUCAAUCAUCACAUAUGCCACCUCAAUAUUCUACAUCUUCAUUUCAACAUCCACCUAUUGAUAAAAGAAUGAUGAAUACAAGUUUUAAUACAUCCAUACCAUCAUUAAUGGAUCUUCCUUCUUCUUACGGACCAAAGACUGUAUCUCCACCAGUACCACCAAUUCCUUCUGUACCUAUCUUACCAGUUGAACCAAUCUCGAUACCAACGGCCAAUAUUCCUAGCGGUAAUAAUACGAAUGCUAAGCGGCGAAAAAUUCCCGCUUGGAUUCGAGAUGAAUUAAGUAGACAUGAGAAAGAAAAAGAAAAAAAAAUGCACAAUACAAGUAAUAAUAAUCUUUCUAUGAAUGAUUCUUCUUCUAAAUUCGAUGUUGAUGAUGAAGAAGAUAGUGAAAAUGAAAAGAAUGAUCGAGUAAUGAACGAAUCACCGACAACAUUCAAUGACGAUGGUGAAGAAGAAGAAAACGAGGAUGAAGAAACUGAAGAAUCAAGUUCUGCAUUGAUUUCUUCGACACCAAUUGUCAAUCGACGAAGUCGCUUUGAUGAUGACAAUUCGACUGAACAACAACAACAGCUGAAUGUAAGUGCAAUUUCGAAACGAGCAUAUUCACCAUCAUCACCGCCACCACCACCACCAACAUCUUCUACGACGUUGACGACGACACUCAUCGACGAUGAUCCAGUUGAUAAAGAAGAACAAUUCAUGAUAAAACUACGUCGUUCAUUAACUGAAUUGUUACUUGAAGUAACAAAUGAAGAAUUAGCACUUCUUGCUAAAGAAGUUUAUCUUGAUUGUAAAACUGAAUCAUCAACGCCAGUUAUUCGAAAAGCUUCUGGACUAACAAGUCUUGUACAAAGCUUUUCAGGAAGUGAUUCUGAUGAUGAAGAAAAACAUGUUCAGUCUAUCAUAAAUACUACUGUGAUAAACAAAUCAUCUGUUACAAGACCUGCAAAAGAAAAUAAUGUUUCAAAUAGUUCAACAAAAUCGACUAAUAAAACUUUUGAUGAAGAUAUUAAAUCAAGUAAAAGUAAAAAAAAGAAAUCGAGUCGAGAAAAAAGUCCAACAACAUCAUUAUCUACAUCAUAUGAUUAUAAAGAUAAAAAACAUCAUCAUAAAAAACAUCGUCAUCGUUCAUCAUCAUCAUCAUCAAAUUCAUCUCAAUCACGUUCACAAAAAAAGAGAAAAUCUUCGAAUCAUAAUGAACAUUUGGAUUAUAAUAAAUCCAAGAAAUAUGAUGAUCGAAAACCAAUUAUUCUAUUUUUUUUAAAUCUAACACAAUGGUUUCAUCGAGGUAUUGUUCGAUUUAUUAGUCGUAGUCGUUAUACUAUAACGAUUAAUAUUGAUGUUAUUCGAAAUGAUUCAUGGAAUAUAAAUACAUCUCAGGUGGAUAAUAUACAAUUUAAUAAACCAACAAAAGUACUUGCUAUUAUUGUUAAUGAACAUAUACCCGAUAGUGAUCUAUGGAAAUUUAUUGUUAAUUCAAUACUCUUUUUUCAAAAUUUAAAUAUUCAACAUUUGAUUAUUUAUGAUUAUAAGGGUUAUAUCAAAGCUCGAGAAGCUUCGAUUAUGGAUUAUGUUCGUACAUACAAUAAAAAAAAUCAAUCAUCUCUUCCAUUACCAACGAUUCAUUUUCUGUCGCUCAUAGAUUGUAGUCAAACAUUAACUCAAGUUGCUCAAAUACUUUGCCAACAAGUUAAACAAGGUGAUAUAAAAUGUGAUUCAAUUCAAAUUGAUACUGUAGAUCAUUGUUAUACAAAAAUAUCAACCAUUCCAGAAAUAAAUUUAGCCUUAAUUAUUGGACCAAUUAAAAGUUCACUUGGAUUACAUCCAUGGUUAACACGAUUAACAGAAUUUAUAACAAUUGAUUCCUAUAAGCAAAUUCAAACGACAAAUUCAUUUAAUAAUAUUGUACAACGUUACAAUCAAAUCGAACAAAGACAAGGUCGAUAG